CCGAGCGGAUCAAGUUUGAAUGAACAACAGCAGUCUGCUCUGGAGGUGGUAGUUGCAUUUGCGGUAAUUAUUAAAAGUGUGUAUCGUAUCACGGGUGCGCUGAUCCAGGAUGGACAUGAAGAAAAGAAUUCAUCUAGAGUUGCGGAACCGCACUCCGUCAGACGUCAAAGAACUUGUGCUAGACAACUGUCGCUCAAAUGAAGGCAAGAUCGAGGGACUAACAGAUGAAUUUGAGGAGCUGGAGUUUCUAAGCACAAUCAAUGUUGGCCUGACGACGGUUGCCCACUUGCCCAAGCUAAAGAAACUUAAAAAGCUUGAACUCAGUGACAACAGGAUCUCAGGCGGGUUGGAAGUUCUGGCAGAGAAGUGUCCUAACCUCACACAUCUCAACCUCAGUGGCAACAAGAUAAAAGACCUCAGCACAAUAGAACCACUGAAAGAACUAGGGGCCCUGAAAAGCCUAGAUCUGUUUAACUGUGAAGUGACAAACCUGAACGAAUACAGAGACAACGUCUUCAAGCUUUUACCGCAGCUCACGUACCUGGACGGCUACGACAAAGACGACAAAGAGGCGCCAGAUUCUGACGGCUAUGCAGAGGGCUUGGAUGAUGACGAGGAAGAUGAAGAUGAUGAGGAAGAGUAUGAUGAAGACGCACCUCCUGGAGAUGAGGAGGAGGAAGAAGGAGAGGAAGAUGAAGAGGAGAAUGAAGAAGAGGAGGAGGAAGACCUGAGUGGAGAGGAUGAUGAGGAGGAAGACUUGAACGACAGAGAGGUUGACAAUGAGGAUGAUGAAGCAGAGGAAGAACGAGGUCAGAAGAGAAAAAGGGAACUGGAUGAGGAAGGGGAGGAGGAUGAAGAUGACUGAGCAUCCUCUGUUAGCUAAGUUGUGAACCGUUUUAAACUUGUAUCUCUCAGUCACUUCCCUACAGGCCCAUGUAUGCCCCCCCCCCCCCCCCCCCCCCCCCCCCCCCCCCCCUCCCCCAGUUUCAUAUGGCAGUAGGAGUGGUUUUUGUUAUUGGCCAGUCAGCUUGACGGGGUUACCUGGAGAAAAAUUUAAAAGUUCAAUUUCUGUACCUUUUGAUGCUCCCGUGUUCUAGUCUAUAUGGUCCACUUUUAACUGCUUUGUGGACACCAGUUUUGUAAUAUGAAAUAAUAGCAAAGAUUAACCUUUUUUGAGAAAUGUUUUUUGUUUUCUCACCAUUUGUGUAAGACCAGUUUCUGAUGACUUAUGUAUUUUAUGACCUUCCUUCAAAAGCAAAAUGAAACAUACAAAAAAAAUAAGAGUGCAUGUCCAAUACAUUUUAAAGUCAACUACUGGAGUUCAUGUAUGGCUGUCCUCUCCUCGUCUAAAACUUAUUGUUUUGCAUCAUUGUUUUUUUUUUUUUUUUUUUAACGUAACUUAUGUGUUUGUAGUGUCACCAGUAUGCCAAUACUCUCUCUGCUGUCCUGGUGUGAAAUUUCCUGUCUGAACGUGCACAGUGUGACCCUCACAGGGCAUAUUUUUAAAUCCUAGCAAAAAAAUGUCUGCCCUUGUCAAAGCCACUCCUCCUCCUCAAACCCUCAGCUUUGAUAGUUCGGAAAUUACGUGUUCUUGUAAAUAAUGACCAAAUCUAUUUUUUUGUAUUCUCUUUGAUGACGGCAGACAUUGAACAGACAACUGAGGUGAAACUAUGAAUUGUAAUAAGAUAUUAAAUAUGUAUGCUGCUUUAUCUAAAAUACGCAGUGUGAAAUUUCUUGAAUUUGAACUUUGUAUGCAUAAUCUUUCCAUAAAGAGAAAAUUUUCAGCAUCAGAAGUCAUUAUUGCUUUUUCUACUUCUUUUCUGGUACACACAGUCGGUGAUGUUUGAAUUAGUGGUGGUAGUGUAGAGAAGUACUCGCUAUAAAUGGAGAGUACAGCCGCAACAUAUGUGCAUUGAAAAUUUAUUGUUUCAAAGUGUAAACUCUUGAACAGUCAGCUAUUUGAACUUUUUUUUCUCUAAGUAUACGCAAUGGUCAAAUUGGCCUACCUCAGUGAUUUUUUUUUUCUUUUUCACUCUGUUAAAUCCACUGUCAUCAGCCCAAUCUUGUUUCUUUUUCCCUCCCAUUCACUUCAAUAAAUCCUUUUUACAUAAA